GCAGAGGAUGAGUAAAUACGCUCUCCUGCUCACUGACCUCAUCAAGGAGGUGGGCGUGGCCCAGGAGGCGGAGCUCGCCGCUCUGCACGCCGCCACCAACAUGGUCAAGUUCCAGCUUCGCCACGGCAACGACCUGCUGGCAAUGGACGCCAUCCGAGACUGUGACGUGAACCUGAAGGAGCAGGGUCAGCUGAUCCGUCAGGACGAGUUCACUGUCUGGACCGGCAGGAGGAAAUGUCAGCGUCACAUCUUCCUGUUCGAGGAGCUGUUCUCUUCAGUAAACCCAAGAAGAUGGAGGGAGGUCUGGACGUCUUCAUCUACAAACACUCCUUCAAGACAGCAGAUGUGGGUCUGACGGAGUCCGCGGGGACAACGG